GAGGGGAGGGCAAGGCACAAAGAGGCGCCGGGGCCGAAGGUGCCGCCGCGCCGGAUGAAUUAAACCCGCGAGGCGCAGAGCCGGCGCUCCUUCCUUUCGCCCGCGAGAAGGAGACGCGCCCCGCCGGCCACGCUCCUGCGGGACCCGUGGGAGAAGCCGAGGCCAGGGCGGACAAAGGAGCCGGGCUUCCCCGAUGGGGAAAGGCGGCGAGCAGGGUGAGGAGUGCGGCGGCGGCGCCGGCGGUGGCGGCGGGGAGCGGGAGGCGCCGGUGCCGGCGUUCACCUGGGAGGAGGUCCAGAAGCACAACCUGCAGGCCGACAAGUGGCUGGUGGUGGAGCGCAAGGUCUACGACAUCUCGCAGUGGGUCAAGCGGCACCCGGGCGGGCAUCGCGUCAUCAGCCACUACGCCGGCGAGGACGCCACGGAUGCAUUUCGGGCCUUUCAUCCUGAUAUCACCUUUGUACGGAAGUUUCUUAAGCCCUUAUUAAUCGGAGAACUUGCCCCAGGAGAACCCAGUCAAGAUAGAGACAAGAAUGCCCAGAUGAUAGAAGAUUUCCGCACACUGAGGAAGACAGCAGAAGAAAUGAACUUAUUCAAAGCGAGUCCUGUAUUUUUUUCCUUUUGCUUGGGUCACAUCCUUGUGAUGGAGGCUUUGGCUUGGUUAAUGGUUUCAUACUACGGUACAAGUUGGAGUAUAACUUUCCUCCUUAUCAUCAUCCUUGCAACCUCUCAGGCCCAAGCUGGAUGGUUGCAGCAUGACUUUGGACACCUCUCUGUGUUUAGGAAAUCCAAAUGGAACCAUUUAGUUCAUAAGUUUGUGAUUGGUCACUUGAAGGGUGCUUCAGCAAAUUGGUGGAAUCACCGGCACUUCCAGCAUCAUGCCAAGCCCAACAUCUUCAAGAAAGAUCCAGAUGUGAAUAUGAUGCAUCUUUUUGUUCUAGGAGAUACUCAGCCUGUCGAGUAUGGAAAAAAGAAGCUGAAAUUCUUCCCUUAUAACCGACAACAUGAAUAUUUCUUUUUUGUUUUCCCACCACUCCUCAUUCCAGUUUACUUCCAUAUGCAAAUCUUCACGACCAUGUUCAAACACAAGUACUGGGUGGACUUGGCCUGGGCCUUCAGUUAUUACAUACGCUACUUGAUCACAUACACCCCAUUUUAUGGAGUUAUUGGAUCCAUGUGUCUCCUCACCUUUGUUAGGUUUUUGGAAAGCCAUUGGUUUGUUUGGGUCACACAGAUGAAUCAUAUUCCUAUGGAAAUUGACUAUGAGAAGCACAGAGACUGGCUCGGUGCUCAGUUGGCAGCUACCUGCAAUGUUGAACAAUCUUUUUUCAAUGACUGGUUCAGUGGACACCUGAACUUUCAAAUAGAGCACCAUUUGUUUCCCACAAUGCCUCGUCACAACUACUACAAGAUAGCCCCAUUGGUGAAGUCACUGUGCGCCAAGUAUGAUGUCCCUUAUGAAGAAAAGCCUCUUCUAAAGGCAUUCUCAGAUAUAGUUGGGUCCCUAAAGAAAUCUGGAGAACUCUGGUUGGACGCCUAUCUCCAUAAAUGAAGCUGGAUUUCAAAGCAAAGGGGAAGGUGUUAGUAGAGGGGAGGGGGCUGGUGGGAGGGGAAAGGGGUCUCAAGUGUGUUUUUAUUGUCCAUUUUCAGUCUGUAUCUGUACCUGCUUGUUUGAAAGGAGUUUCCACCAAUGGUGGGGUGGGUUCAGGGGACCUGUAUAAAAAUAGAGAUGGCUUCAGCUAUGUCGAGUAUUGUCUGUAGAGGAUAAAUGGAAAACACUGUUCCUAAGACAUGGUGGCUGAAAAUUGUCCCAGUAAGUUAUGGGGGAGUAUUCAGCAAGGCAGGCUGAAGAAUGAAAGAGCAAGUAUGCAGAGAUCUUCCCUUGUUCCUCUUCCCAAUACUUCCUUUCCACUAUCACAGACACAUGGCUCACACAGAGGUUUCAAACAAUAACAAUCCUGUCUGUCUUCAGGUAUCUGAAAAGCAAACAAUAAAAGGAGCAUGACCAACA